AAGGGCUCCUCAUUUAGGACCAGUUGUCGCUGUUCCGUUUUGCGUUGCAGAAAUGCCAUUUGUGUUGCUGCCGUUUAGACAUCCAGUGCGCCCUUAAGAGUGCGCUCUAAGCUACUUGCAUCAAGGAAGGCGCUGGAGAAACUUGGAGAAAAGGGAUGCGACAGCGAGUGCAAUAUCUUGGCAGAGAUCAGUUAUUUGAGGAUUGAAAAUGGCACACAGUGGGGUCCCAGUAUGGAGUAACAGUCUUCGUUUUCCUGCUCUUUUCUAAAGCAGCCUAAUCUCAGACAAACUGCCCUUUAACUUCCAGCUGAAAGAAAACAAUCUGCUCGGACGACGGUGGGUUUAGGACCCUGAAUUUGAUGAAGAAAGUUGUCAGUGCUGUUCGUGGAUUUUGUGGCUGCUGGAGUGAUUCUGGUGACGGCAGUGCGAAGGAGAUUUGAGGUUUUAGACACCUGCCUCUGGAAGGCACCGGUGGACAUUUCGGAAGCGAAAAGCGCUCAAAUUCAAGUCUCUGGCUCAGGCAGAUCGUCUGAUGACCUAAUGGAACUAAAUUUACGAGUAGUACUGUUUUGGGUCGUGGUGCUGCACUGUGGCCCUGCUGAAGGCAGUAUCCUGUACCGAGUCCAGGAGGAGCAGCCUCCCAACACUCUUAUUGGUAGCCUGGCUGCAGACCAGGGACUGCCAGAUUCAGGUCACCUCUACAAGCUAGAGGUGGGCGCCCCUUAUCUUCGCGUUGAUGGAAAGACAGGAGACAUUUUCACAACAGAGAUUCCCAUAGACAGAGAGACCCUGAGGGACUGCCGUUCCUUGGUUAAGGGCAAGCCCUGUUACCUGGAAUUUGAAGUAUCUGUGACAGAUCUGAUACAAAACCAGAGCCCACGACUUAUUGAAGGACGCAUUGAGGUACAGGAUAUCAAUGACAACACCCCACAGUUUCCCUCUUCUGUGCUCACUAUCUCAGUCCCUGAAAACACAAUCAUGGGGGCAUUAUUCUCCAUACCUCUAGCUACAGACAGGGAUUCAGACAGGAAUGGAGUGGCUGACUACGCACUGACUGCAGGGCCAGAUGCAGCAACCCUAUUUGGUUUACAAGUGGCUGAUGACAGGGGAGGGAAGCUCCCACAGCUCAUUGUCCUCGGCAACCUAGAUCGCGAGUUAAAGGAUUCUUAUGACCUCACCAUCAAAGCAGUGGAUGGAGGGAACCCUCAGCGCUACAGCAGUGCUUUACUGAGAGUGGUUGUGACUGAUGUUAAUGACAACUCCCCCAAGUUUGAAAAGUCCUCUUACGAAGCAGAAGUUUUGGAAAAUAGUCCAGUAGGCCACUCGGUGCUGCAGGUCAAAGCAGAUGACUCAGACAUGGGCCCUAACGGAGAAAUUGAAUACACCCUUCACCAAGCAGUAGACCCGGUGCCAAAACUCUUACGAAUUGAUCGAUCUACCGGCAUUAUCUAUGUGAAAGGAGCACUGGACAGGGAAGAAAUCAACAGCUUGUCCUUCUAUGUGGUGGCGAGGGAUAAGGGUCCACAAUCUAAAAGCUCUAAGACAUUUGUAACCAUUGAGGUGACUGAUCAGAAUGACAAUGCUCCAGCUGUGGAGAUCCGUGGGAUUGGUCUUGUAACUCACAGUGAAGGAGUGGCUAAUAUUUCAGAGGACAUGCCUGUAGGGACAGCUGUUGCUUUGGUGCAAGUGUCUGACAAAGAUGAAGGAGAAAAUGCUGUGGUUACUUGUGUGGUAGCAGGAGAUGUGCCCUUUCAGCUACGCCCGGCCAGCGACUCAACCAGUGACAACAAGAGGAAAUAUUUCCUACAGACCACAACUCCACUUGACUAUGAAAGAGUCAGGGAUUACAGAGUAGAGAUUGUUGCUGUGGAUUCUGGAAACCCAGCACUCUCCAGUACAAACUCCUUAAAAGUGCAGGUGACUGACAUGAAUGAUAAUUCCCCAAUAUUUUCCCCGACCUUGUUUGAGGUUGACUUUGCUGAAGAAAACCAACCAGGGGAAAAGGUUUUGGACGUUACUGCUUCAGAUGCUGACAGCGGCACUAAUGCUGAACUUCUCUAUAAUAUUGUGGCAGACUCAACCAUCAAAGGUUUGUUUGAGAUUGACCCAAACACAGGUGAAGUGAGAGCCCGAAGCCCGCUUGAUCGUGAACAUAAAGAGCGAUAUGAAUUUCGGGUCACUGCAGCAGAUAAAGGCUCACCUGUUCAUAAAGGAACAGCAACUGUUGUGAUAAAAGUUCUUGACCGCAAUGACAAUGACCCCAAGUUCAUGCUUAGUGGCUAUAGCUUCUCAGUUUUGGAAAACAUGCCCCCCCUCAGUGCAGUUGGUAUGGUGACAGUCCUAGAUAUGGAUAAGGGUGAGAAUGCUCGAGUUCACCUCUCUGUAGAACCUGAUGGGGGCAAGUUUGUUGUUCAAAAUGGAACUGGCACCAUUCUCUCAAGCAUCUCCUUUGACAGGGAGAAAGAAAGUAGCUACACAUUCCGUCUAAAAGCAGUGGAUGGAGGCGAACCACCCAGAUCUUCAUAUGUGGGUGUUACCAUCAAUGUAUUGGAUGAAAAUGACAAUGAUCCUGUCAUCACUAAGCCCUCUAACUCCUCCUUCAGACGUUUGUCACCGCUUGCUUCCCCAGAUAGCCAUGUUGAGGUAGUGGAGGCUGAGGACCUGGACAGUGGACCUAAUGCAGAGCUCAUUUUCAGUAUUGCUGGAGGAAACCCUUACCAAUUAUUUCGCAUCUCCCCCUCCACCGGAGAGAUCACUCUGGCAAAGGAGAUGACUCGCAAGCACGGUGGACUACAUCGUCUGGUGGUUCGAGUGAGUGACAGGGGGAAGCCUACACGCCAUGCCACUGCCCUGGUUCACAUCUAUGUCAAUGAAACCAUUUCAAAUGUCAGCUUAGUAGAAGCCUUAGUUGGACACAGUCUUUACACUCCACUAGACAGAGACAUUGCUGGUGAUCCUGACAGUGGUUUUGCUGCACAGCGUAGUAACAUUUUGUUUGGAAGCCUUGCCGGAGUGGCAGGAGUUGUCAUGUUGAUCUUGGUGGUGGUAUUCAUCCGACACCGUAUCCAAAGAGAAACAAAGAGUGGCUAUCAGGCUGGCAAAAAGGAAACAAAAGACUUGUAUGCACCCAAGCAGGCACCAAAAAAUGCUAAAGGGAAGCGAGGAAGGAAAGGCAAACCUCAGAAAUCCCCCAAACCACUAGGGGAAGAUGAAGAGGUCAGCCUUCAAAAAAGUCUCAAGUUUAACCUUGAUGGAGUCAAUGAUAGCCCCAGGAUACACCUGCCCUUAACAUAUUCACCAGGAAGCCCUGAUAUAGGCAGGCACUACCGCUCCAACUCCCCCUUACCAUCCAUCCAGCUGCAAGCCCAAUCCCCAUCAGCCUCUCAGAAGCACCAGGCCGUCCAGGACCUCCCCGCAGCCAACACCUUUGUAGGAACAGGAGGAGACGACAACUCAACCGGCUCAGACCAGUACUCUGAUUACAGCUAUAAGACCAGCCAACAGAAGUAUAACAACAAACAGCAUCCCCAUCGUCGAGUGACCUUUUCCACCACCAACCCCGUGCAGGACCUGCAGGAUGCCUCUCAGCACAGCUACUAUGACAGCGGCUUAGAGGAAUCGGAGACUCCCAGCAGCAAGUCAUCGUCUGGUCCUCGCAUCGGACCCCUGACCCUUCCUGAGGACCACUAUGAGAGAACCACCCCAGACGGCAGCAUUGGAGAAACCGAACAUCCAGAAAAUGAUGUCCGCUCCCUCCCUGAUGUGGCAAUGACUGGAAACUGCACAACCGAGUGCAGCGAAUUGGGCCAUUCAGACGCCUGCUGGAUGCCUGGCCAUCCCUCGCCCAUACGCAAGACCAGGAACCCCCCGAAACUCUCCACCUUCGUGCCUUACCAGGAGAGAGGGAGCCUGGGACGCCUGGCAAACGGGAGCGCCAGGCUGGGUGGCGAGGAGCACCGGCCGCGCCUUCCACCCUCCCGCAGUGCCUAUUCCAACAGUGGUCACGACGCCAAUCAGGACUGCCCCUUAGAGGAAAUGCCCCUGAGCGUAGCCUCCGAGUUCCCCCCCACAUCCCCUUCCGCCCAUACUCCAAAACGAGAAAUUUACCUGUGAGGAACAAAUUCCUCUGAUCGGCCCACAAAUGAAGGAAAGAUACAAGCACUUCAGAAGGAGGAACAAGCUGUCCAUGAGCUAAAGCCAACAGCCGUUUUGUAGGUAACAAUAGGCGAUAACUCAUUCAAUCACUGGCAUGAACACUUGUUUUCAUCAUUUCCGACCUAAAUUAUUAAAUUCAUUAGCAUAUUUAUGAAUGAUCCCACAAAGUUAGUUGAUGCACUCACUCAUUUAUUUAUUAAAAUUCUCGAUGGAUCCAAUUCAUAAAGAUAAAAAGGAAAUGUAAAUGGAAACAGCUACUUCAGUAGUAACUAAUUCUUGUUGUAGUUAGGCAAGUCCCAUUCUGUGAAGUGAUCUCUUGAAAUUGAAAGUUGUGAUCAGUGCUCUUGUGCCAUUACUAGAUAUAAUUUAAUAGACAGCCAGGCUAGUCAUAUCAGAGGGCAUAACACUUUUGACCAGGAAUCAAACGAAAAGGUCACUCUUAAUGUACAGAGCUGUAAAUACAUUUGAAUGGUGUGUUUUACAUAUAUUUUUCUCUGGCAUAAGCUGAAAAAAAUGCCUCUGACUUUUAGCAUAUUUAAGCUUUUCUUUACUGCUGCUGUUUAAACUUGAUUGAGACCAUCUCCUGGAGUGGAGCUCGAUAUUGUGGAAGGCAUUUAUCUGCUCCACACUAUCACACACACACAAACACACACACCUUUGACCCCUAAUCAUAGUAGAAUGGCCUUUACCUCUGCUCCCUGUAGAGCUCUGCCUCUGGCAGAGAGAGCUGUGUGGCAGCAUUUAAACUGACAUUAUGUUCCACUGACUCGCAGCACUGUGACCUGUCGUUCAUCAUGAAAACAGUUGACUUGGCCACAGAACCUCAGGGUCACGAUGACCAGACACAGAGUAUACGUCAGACACAUUCUGAUUGGCUUCUCACUUUGUAUGAGAUUAUACAAAUUUACCAGUGUAGAAAGUUCCUCUCUGUUGUGACAAUCAGAUGGGAUCCAUUCCUUCACAGCUUGUAGUCCUUUCCUCUCACAACCGAUAAGAACUGAUGUAGAUCUAAUAAAUGCCCGAGGAACUGUUUAAAUGAAAGGCACUUGAGUAUUGAGGGCCACUGGAGAGAGUGAGUACUUAUGGAACUUUUGAUCAUGCCGAUAUAAAAGUGGAUAGGUGCUCUACAUUCAGAUUGAUAUAUUUUUUAAGUAUUUGGUGGUUAAUUCAAUAGAAAAUAUGUUGCAAUGAGUGAAUUAACAAUAUGGACCUAAGAAGAUACAUUACAAGAAUAUUUUAGAUAAAUAUUUGAUUUCAUGUCAGAAAGUGAUGCCUGCAAAUACAAGUGUUGAGCUUGAACAGAGAGUUUGACAGUGAGAUUCAGGCUUGGUUUUCUGCAGCUCUUGUUAAUUAAAUAAAAUGUUCUUUGUAUUGAGGACAACAUGCUUAAUAAGUUAUUAAGCAUCUUUCUUCCUCUGGCUACUGAACAGAGAAUAAAAAUAGGGCAUGCCCUGGGGAUUCGUUUAUCUUUACAAAGAUUUUCCCUGAGUAAAUCUGAAGGAUAUGUAUGAAGGACACUAUGUAUUAGUCAGUAAUUGGAUGUUAAUGAUGACUCCACUAGCCUGCAUUACAACAUUGUAGCGCUAGUAGGUGUCUUUGAUUUAAACAUCGAUUUGAUUAGAUUUGUAGAUACCUUUCACCUCUGCAGAGUAUUUCCAUAGUGAGAUUGUGUCUCUGAGUGAGGGUGAAAGAGCGUAGAAUGGACAUUUCCUAAUUAAGGUGAGUAAUGAGUCCUGAGCUGGGGCAUGUGUGAGCUUACCCUCAGGACAGGGCACCCACCAGAUAAUGCAAAUCCACCCACUGAGCUACAAUCAGUUAAAAAGGGUAUUUUUAUCAGCACUUACCACAUCAUGCUGCCAUUUAAACCUACGUUAAGAAUAAUUAAACUGAAACCAUAUGGAAAUUACUGGACAUGGCCAUGACUAAAUAAGCUUGGCAAAUACCCUGCCUUGAGGGGGACAAAAGCACAUUAUGCCAUUUUCAAAGCCAUUUAGCGACUGAAAUAAAAUUCAACAAUAGGCCAUGAUACACUGUGAUUAACUCAAAACCACCACCCACCCACCCAACCCCCACACAGCACCCAUCUCAGAGCUUCAGAUAGCCGCUUCACCAACCGAGAGCAGCGGGUAAGAUCACUGACCUGGAAUUAAUGACAAAGUGAGAAGGAUAGCAAUGAGUGAUAAAACUAGUGUCACAUAGGCUCAAUCACAGCUUGAUCUAUUUGAAUGCUUUGACUUGAUUCAGAUUCACAACUGCUUUGCUUCCACAUUUCAACUCUGGGGUUAAAUCUUAACCCAAUUCCAGCCUACGUGCCACUUAAGUAAAUCCAGAAUGCGUCUACUGAUUUGUGUCUGAUGGCAAAUACAUUAAAUAAGCAGGGUGAUUCUUAGCAGAUAAGUCAUAAUUGUUGUGUUUAGAUGCAAAUAGAAUGACAGGAGGUUGAUUUAAAUAGUCUGCAAAACAAAAACAAGCCUGGGCCUGCCCCCCUCCCCCUCCCCCGUCUCUCGAACUCUUCUGCUCCGGCCAAUAAUGACCUCCUGCUGCUCACUUCUGGAAGAAUAUAUCACCGUGUUUGCCCUUUCUUUUGAACUCAUGCUGAAUGAACUGUGUUUACUUCUCUCCCAAACACAGAGCUGUUCUUCUUGAUCAGAGUAAGAGGACGUCACAAAGCACCUAAAUACGCUCUGAAGUGUGAUGAAUAUUGUUUAAUUUGUACUUAACAUUGAUUUAAUGUUGAAUUCACUUGAGUAUAUUUUGCCUCUGUAGUGUGUAUUGUAUGGUGAUCAUUUCUGUGGACAGAUGGACAAGUAACCGUAAUGAAAUUUGGCAAGGGAUUCUUUUUUUUUCUCACUGAUCAAAGACUCUCAGCAAACUGGUUGUGCGAAAAAAUAGAGAAGUCUGUUGGUGGUGUAGUGUACAUAGAUCUUCACAACCCCCUGUCUGCUGUUGAGCAGGCAGUGAUUUUAGCAUGAAUUCCAAAGAUGAUUGGUAGAAACUGUUUACUUGUUUUUAUUUUACUUUCUGAAAUGUCAGUGCUGGUUCAUAUUCAAAAGGCCCGCUCCCAAAUGGACUGAAAUUGACUGAACAUUUCAAUUUUUUCACAGUUCAUCUAGAACAAAGACAAUUGCCUUGAAAAUAUGUCUUUGCAAGAGAGAAUCUAGUUGUUAUCCUAAUCGUUGGUAUAUUUAUAUAGGAUAAAAUGCUUGUGAUGCCAUGUUUUUGUACAGUUUUAUGUACAUACAAGUGAAGCUUUCUAAAAGUUCUGAGAAAAGCCGAUGGCAUAUAAAAAUUGUAACAUGUUUUCUUGAGAUGUGCACAUCUUGCCUUGGUUGGAUUGACCUUUGCUGAGUCAGUGUGAAUGUGGCCGUUCUAUGCCUGCACUGUAGUCAUUCACCGGCUCUCACCUCCUGAGGACUUAAUCAGUUUUUUGUUUGUUGUGAACAGUGGAUUGUCUUAUCUUACCAGUUUGUUAAAAUCCUGUGUUCUGCUUUGUUCUGUUUCCGCAUGUUGACAAAUUCUCUUGUAAUACUGUAAGUCCUCAUGAACUUUGUAAUAAAAUCACUUCA